CGCUGCUUGUUGAUCUUGCGUUAGCUCGCUAAUUCGACCGGGCGCAAGCCACUGUUUUCUCUACAUUGUGAGCCUUGUGGUGAAAGGAAACAAGCAGACUGUUUUCACUUAAUCUCUGUGUAAACCGGGCUGUGUUGUGUGUCAUAAUAAGAAGUUGCUUUGCGAGUGAUUGCAUUCUACCAGAACUUUUAUCGGUACAGCAGGGCAGUCAAAAUGUUUAUGCUGAGGAACUUGGUCAGGGGGAGUCAUUGCUAGAGAUCCUGCCCCCACCACACUCCUCUCUCACAUGUGUUGUUAAUCGUGUUGAUGUUUGCUGAUCGGCCAACAAAGCAACAAGUAAUUUGCGACGCCCGAUAGGUGCUAUGGAGGCCGUGUGAGGCGGCACCGCGGUGCCGUUGGUCGUCACCCUGGAGCACGGCACAUACUCCGGGAAUACCACGAUCAGCAUGCACACGCUGUUCGGGGACCAGAAUGCCUACUAUCGACACCCCGCCGCCGCUGCCGCCGCCGGUUACCCGGGCGCCAUGUCGGGGGCGGCUCAUCAUAUGAGCGCCAGCACAGCCGCCUACACUUAUGACCAGUAUUCCCGUUACCCCUACGCCGCGACCCCAUAUCCACUAAACCCUCACCAGCAACAGCUGCAUCAUGGUCCAGCCAAGGACAUGGUAAAACCGCCGUACUCGUAUAUCGCACUCAUCGCCAUGGCAAUCCAGAACGCACCAGACAAGAGGAUAACACUAAACGGCAUCUACCAGUUCAUAAUGGAGAGGUUCCCGUACUAUCGAGAGAACAAGCAAGGCUGGCAGAACUCCAUCAGGCACAACCUCAGCCUGAACGAGUGCUUCGUCAAGGUCCCGCGUGAUGACAAGAAGCCUGGCAAAGGCAGUUACUGGACCCUGGACCCGGACUCAUACAACAUGUUCGACAACGGCUCGUACCUGCGACGUCGACGACGCUUCAAGAAGAAGGACGCCAUCAAGGAGAAGGAAGAGGCGCUCAAGAGACAGCAGCAGCAGCAGGAGGGGCACAAACGAGCCGAGGAGAAAGUCCUGCUGAGCAGCAGCACCGCGGACACGAAAGUCAUUAAGUCGAGUCCCGCGGAGUGCAAGCCGAAACGCGAGCCAGUUGUAGAACUGAGCAACUGCAUGAACAGCAAGUACCAGCAGCAGGACGUGAAGCCGGGAGUUGUCGUGGACCAUCACAUGACGGACGUAAGCAUGGACACGUCGGGGGUUGUGGGUACGUUCAGUGUGGACAGUCUGAUGACGGGGGGCAGCAGGGGCAGCAGCCAGCAUCAUCUCAGCUACACGGGGUCGCGGGGGGCCUUGUAUUCGUAUCACUGCACGGGGCAGUACCACCAGGGGAUCAUGCACCAGGACGAGUUGCUCGUCCCGACCACGUCCACUGCAUCCACCCCUGGGACGACGACUCAUCACCAGCUAGGGGCGACACAGCAGUUCAGCGGGGGGCGGCACCCGGGGGCCGCGAGUGCUGCCUGGUACGGCAACGCAGAGGUUAGUGAGCCCACUUCCGGCUUCAGGGACUUGUUCGAAGCAGUACCCAACCCCAGCUGUCAGCUCGGGUUCCGGAGUUCCGCUGUGACGGCUUCCCCGCCUGCGAGCGCCGCGGUCUACCGGUCCGCUUCUUCGUACUACCAGCAGCAAGACUGCAGCGGCCCUCCCAAGUACUGAGUGAGUCCAGCAUGUUCCUCUAACUUAUUCCAAAACAGUGAGCCGAGACACUGAACCACUAUGUGCUGUUCCUUGUAGGUGUUUAGGUGUCAUGCGGAUUUCUAGGGACUGUGUCGAACUUCAGCUAUGUGCAUAAUUGUAUAGUAAAUCUGUGGAAAUAUUGUAUGUAAAUACUGACAAGAGAUUUUAUAUAUAAAGAAAGUGCAUCUGCAUUAUUCGUCUUGACUCUGGCACUGCCGUGGUAAUUUUAUAUGUCACUAGAAGUAACGUUUCGUCUUGCAACAAAAGCUCCAAUUUCAGUUCUUAUGCUUUGCGGCCAACUUAGGCUUACUAUUAAUAAAAAAUAAACACUAAAUU